GGGGAGGGAGGGCCGCGGGGCGGGGCGGGGAGCGGAGAGCGGCCGCCUCCCCCCCCCUCCGCUCCGCUCCGCGCUCCGCUCCGCGCCCGCCGACGGUGCCGCUGCCGGUGGCGGUGGCGGUGGCCGUGCCGCCGGGUCCCGGCACACCCCCCUCCCGGCACGGCACGGCACGGAGCGGCACGGAGCGGGCCGCCCCCGCGGCCCCAUGGCCGGGCAGGAGUGGGACUGGUUCCAGCGCGAGGAGCUGAUCGGGCACAUCAGCGACAUCCGAGUGCAGAACCUCCAAGUGGAACGGGAAAAUGUACAGAAGAGGACCUUUACCAGAUGGAUAAACCUGCAUUUGGGAAAGUGCAAGCCGCCUCUGAAAGUGAAAGAUUUGUUUAUGGAUAUACAAGAUGGCAAAAUCUUGAUGGCGCUGCUGGAAGUCCUGUCAGGACAAAAGCUGAUGCACGAGUAUAAGUCUUCAACCCAUCGCAUUUUUCGUUUGAACAACAUAGCCAAAGCACUUAAGUUCUUGGAGGACAGCAAUGUAAAACUUGUUAGCAUUGAUGCAGCAGAAAUAGCAGAUGGAAAUUCCUCUCUGGUACUUGGGCUAAUAUGGAACAUAAUCUUGUUUUUUCAGAUUAAGGAGCUGACAGGCAACCUCAACAGGAACUCCUCCUCAUCCAGCCUCUCGUCCGGGCCCAGCGGGCCAGAGUCAGACACGUCUCACCCCAGCACUCCCAACGUGGAGAGGAACAUGUCUGUCACGGUGAAAGACCAGCGGAAAGCCAUCAGAGCCCUUUUAAUCUGGGUCCAGAGGAAAACCAGAAAGUAUGGUGUUGCAGUUCAGGACUUUGCCAGCAGUUGGAGGAGUGGCCUGGCUUUCCUGGCUGUCAUAAAAGCCAUAGACUCCACUUUGGUAGAUAUGAAGCAAGCACUGGAGAAAUCAGCUCGAGAAAACUUGGAGGAUGCUUUCAGCAUUGCACAAAAUAAGCUGGGUGUUCCUAGGCUCCUAGAGCCGGAAGAUAUAAUGGUGGAAUCCCCCGAUGAGCACUCUAUUGUGACCUAUGUGGCGCAGUUUCUGGAACACUUCCCUGAGCUGGAAGGCGAAGACUUUGCAGAUCCUGACAAGGAGCUUCCAAUUGAGUCCACAUAUGUUCACAUCAAAGACACACCUUCAGAAAAGGAAAGCAAAAUCUUGAUUUUAAGUGAAAGUGAAGAAAACAUGUAUACUGUUAGUCAUGAAAGGAGUCACCCUGCUCCUCCAAAGGUUCAUAUUCAUGACACCCCUGAGAGAAUCCUGUCAGAAACCGCUCCUGAAGAAUGUAAUGGCAAAUUGAGUCAAGUGUUAGAUGAUUCACAGGAAACCUCAGAAGAGGAGCCUCAAAGGCCUACCUCGCUGAACAUUACAGGAUCUAUCCGCUUUGAAUCCAAUUCAUCCCAGCAAAUGCUUAGUGAUAAAUUGAUGCCAGGUGAAGGGGACAUGUCUGAUGACCCACUGAAACAGAAUGAUGACUUUUCUCCAGCUGUUCUGACAGACCAGAAAAAUUCUGUUGACUCUUUUGAAGACUACUCUGAAGAAUUAACUAAAGAAACCUAUACUGAAUACGACAAUGAAACUAAGAGCCUUUCAGCCAAUACUUCUUCUUUAAGCCCACUGUCCUGGACUUCAGGUAUACUUACAGAUGAAUCUAUAAAUAAAGUAGAAGAGAGCAAGCCCCAAAUUCCAAUUCUUUUACCAGAAGAUAGCUCGAAACAAGAAGAUACACAUAAGUAUGUUCUCCAUCUUCUAAAUGAGGAAGUACUGAAACUGCCAGAAAAUGAACAUGCAAAGCAAUCGCCUGUCUUUGAGACAACAGAAUCUAACCACUGUUCAGUGAAUGGUUCUAAUCUUGAAAGCCAAGAACUAUCUACACUGCUAGAAACAUCCGAUGACUCUCUCUCAGAUGUGCCCAAAAACGCAGAGGACCUUGACAGCUAUGAUGAAGAUGAGUCUUCAGCGGAAGUGCUACCCAGUUCUUCAAAAGUAUCAGUAAUACCCCAUGAUCUCUUCUAUUAUCCACAUUAUAACGUUCCCAUAUCAGCAGUUCUGGAUGCUUAUGUUGAGCCUUGUCUCGAAGGUUAUGAUACUGAAAAUGAAAACUCUUGUGAAACAGUAACAGAUGUUUUACAUGAGGAGGGGAUACCAGCACAGGACUACUUGGAAGAUGCUCCAGAGCCAGGCUUAGGGAAUAACCUAGGAGUUCCUGCACCAGAAAUGGAUACUGAGAAUGGAGAGGAGGAAACAAUAGAUAUUAAUGGUCAUGGGAAUUCUUCCUAUGAAGAAGAAGUACUAUUACUAGUAGAAGAAUUAGAAAAUGAAAAAGAUGGCCAAAAGGCCACCAGCGAUGAAGAUACCACAGUUCUACAACAUUCUGAGGCUGUAGAUUUCAACCAUCUAGAUGAUUUAGCAACAAUGGGAAAGAUACUGAAAGAAAGUAGUAACAGGGAGGAAAAAAACAAAAAUAUGAUAAAAGCAGAAGACUUACAGAUCUCAAAAGCUGGGACUACUACUCUGUUACAAGAUGAACUGGAAGAAAUUGCUAAUUGUCAUGAAUUUUACAGAACUAGUGACAAUGAUUCCAACAUUUAUCUCCGACAAAGGCUUCCUAAUACUUCUGAGAAGGAAAUCUUUGGUGAAAACAACCAGACGAUGACAGAUGUAAGUGAAAAUCUACCAAUCAUCAGGAAUAAAAAAGACAUGGAAGCAAGUGAGACUCCAGCAUCUCCUCACCAGGCUCCGAGUGUUGAUCAGUCAGAGAUGUUCUAUUUCAUCAUUUUCCUCUGGUUGCUGAUCUACUGCUUUUUAGUCGUUCCACAGCUUCUUAGCAGCAAGGUUUGAUCUCCAUGAGGUGUGGAAAAAUAAAAGACAGUGGCCUGAUUGCUUAGUGUAUCUGCAUAUGAGUAUGUACCUUCAGGUGAAGCACAAACAGAAACGUAGGACCUGGUAUUUGUGUUCACUAUCAGGUUCUCCUCAGUUCCCCUGCUGUUGUGCUAUGACAGUGUCGAAGCACAUUUUAUAUUACGACAACUGUGUAAAUAUAUAUAAAAAUGACCUUAUUUAGUAGCUGCGAUUUUGUACAUUUGUGCCUUGCUUUAUAAGAUGCUAAAUAAAAAUGGAUAAUUAUCAGUAGAAAUAUGAACAAUUCAGAGCUCUAGUCUUCAAAAAUAAUUCUUCUGGCUUCAUUCACUUAGGUAGGGCCCAACAGCUCUGAAGAUGUGUUGUUGGCUUGCCCAUGAAUCUGGCCCACCUGCAAGGGAUGAUUGAGAUGCUUGAGAUGCAUUUUCACAUUUUCCACAGAGUUCUUUGGGAGAGAUGGAGGUAGAGCAGACUUGGAGAUGGUGAAACUUGCUCACCAGAGGAACUGACUGUAGUGCUAAUGGCAAGCCAGUGGAGCAACAAAGUCAGGUGGAUGGUUUAUUUGUGGAGGGGGGAUAGGAAUUUACUUUUAUACUGCAUCUGUUAUGUUUAGUUUGCAGGAAAAAAUUGGGUGUGGAGAAGUGUGAAGAAUAUACAGGCUAGUGGCUGCUUAGGAGGGAAUGUAACGGAAGUCUUCAUCUAGAGAUUUCUGUAGAGAAUACCUGAAGAAGUUUGCUUUUUGUAUGUUACUGAUGAUGGCCAUCUUUGAAAAGCUAGUCAAGAAACUUUAUUUGCAGGUAUUUAAAAACCUUCUUGUAGUCAGGUCAUCUGCUGGUGAAAUCCUAACUGCCCAUCACACUUCAUUCUUCUUUGUAAGCUUUUUUUUUUUUUUUUUUUAAGAGGAGAAAUUAGCAUGUGAUAGCAAUAGUGCAUGGUAGGAUAUCCUAAGCACAGACAGGAAUUCGGAAUCUCUUUCAUUCAAUAGAAAAUUGAAGUCUUUUCUGUUCUGUCCUGAUUAGAGCUGGAUUCACCCCUUGAACAUAAAAAGUAGAUCCUUUGUGCUUGGUGAGCAACAGAUCCAAACUUCGAAACUUAAUUUAGUGUAAACCAACAUAAGUAAAAAAAAAAAAAAAAAAAGUCUUUUAUCUUUCCAGUGAAAAUUUUCAACAUUUUGAGUCUUCUGAUUUUGUUGAUGAAGACAGUAAUACUUUCUUCCAAAAUAAAAUCUAUUUUAGAAUUUUUAAAGAUUUUUUCUAAAAUAUAACAUUGAAAUUUUAGGAAUAGUGCUUUUUCUCUGAAAAUAAAUAAUCUUAAUACAAAAUUCUUAUCCUGAAUACCAUGGCACCUAUUUAAUAGCAGGAACUAGCAACGUACAGUAUAUUGGAGCAACAGUGUAGAGAGCUCUUCACUAUGUGCCAGUCUUCAGAGGCUCCCUUGGUUUAUGACAACUCUUUCUUUGUAUUUUUGCAUCUCUUCCUUUGUUUCUUCCAUGAUUCUUAUUCUUCAACAGAGAUCAUCUGGAGUUGGAUUACAGCCUCUUCAUUGAACUUUGCAGUUGUCAAAGUUCAAUCAAGGAAAAUAAGUUUCCUUCUGUCUUCUCUCCCUCCUCCCAAGAAAAUUAAUGAGAAGAUCUUUGGAUGUCUCUUAUAAACCACUCAUAUCCGUAACAAAUAGAGAAGUGAAUGGCAUGCACUGAUGCUGGCAAUUUCAUUACACAAUAUUUUCUUUUAAGAAAGACAAAAACAAGGGUUUUCUUUCUUCCCUCCUACUGAUGAUUAACGGCUGAAACAGCAUGCAGCGAUUGUCUUGAUAAUUUCACCCAAUGUUUAAACUGAAGUGUGCUUGCCAGCCAGCCUAGCCCAUGAAAAGUUGGAGAUUGUGUCUUCCAUGUAAAAUCAAUGAAAAUAAUAAGUACAUGAUACUUGGUAUUUGGCUGCUUUGUAUAUGAUAUAAUACAGAUAUAACAGAAGCAGUCUACCUUAGUCAGCCAUUGCAUGUGUAAGAAGAUCCAGAAUAGAGUUAUGAGUGAUUAUGCUGGUAUGGUCAGCUGUGCAUGAAAAGAGACUGAACUCUCCGGGAGUUCUGACAUUAUCUGGACCUGCAAGAAAAGACACCUGCAUGAGCAGCAGCUUCUCCCACUUACAAGGACUUGUGAGCCUGCAUCAUUCUUCCACAGUGCAAGAUCCAUCUCUCACUGCAAGUACCCUGUUCUGAAACUGUUGCUCCUUUUUGGACUGGGUGUCUAGCUUACAGUCUAAAAGCCUGACUGUGAAGCACUCACUGCAGCAAAACCCAUUUUAAUAUGCUGGCUAGAAGACCGUCUUGAGGCAUCUGAGUUUUUAAAGGCUGGUGGGCGAUCUUUUAUCUAUCCAUUUUUUCUGACAGAUCUGUGCACUGUCUGAAUAAGGAAGUUUUUCCUGAAAGGCCUGGGGUUUUGAAGACUACUAAAGUUGAACUGAUCUCAUGUGAUACUUUGGCUUGGUAGCAGAAUUCAGACAUAUAUGGGUACUGAUCUGUUAAGUCCAUGUCGGUGUGCUCAGGUGGCCAAGAAGGCCAACAGCAUCCUGGCUUGUAUCAGGAAUAGUGUGGCCAGCAGGAUGGGGGAAGUGAUUGUCCCUCUGUACUUUGCUCUGGUGAGACCGCACCUUGAGUACUGUGCUCAGCUUUGGGCCCCUCACUGCAAGAAGGACAUCGAGGGGCUGCAGCGUAUCCAGAGAAGAGCUGCUGAAGGGUCUAGAGAACAAGUCUUAUAAGGAGCAUCUGAGGAAACCAGGAUUGUUUAGCCUGGAGAACAGGAGACUCAGGGGAGACCUUAUCAUGCUCUACAACUGCCUCAAAGCAGGUUGUAGUGGGGUGAGGGUCAGUCUUCUCUCCCAAGUAACAAGUGAUAGGACAAGAGGAAAUGGCCUCAAGUUGCACCAGAGGAGGUUUAGGUUGGAUAUUAGGAGACAUUUCUUCACGGAGACGGUUGUGAGGCAUUGGAACAGGCUGCCCAGGGAAGCGGCUGAGUCACCAUCCUUGGAGGUAUUCAGAAGACGUGUAGAUGAGGUGCUUGGGGUCAGGGUUUAGUGUUGGACUUGGCAGUGCUAGGUUAACAGUUGAUGACGGAGGUCUUUGCCAACCUAAAGGAUUCUGUGAUUCUGUGAUAAGACCGGUUCUUGUUGAGCAAACGUAUGGAUAGCAGAGUAUUGGAAAGUGCAAGUGUUGGGAAGUGUCUGAGGAUUACUGGAUAAGGGUGUGUGGUGUUCACAAAAGCACCAUUACGGACUGUGAGACAGCUAUAAGGGGAUGGUUCAAUGUUAUUGUAGUUGGGUAACUUCACUGCAAAGUGUUUCAUUGCAGUGAAUUUUAUAGAAAGUGCAAGAAGAGGUAUAGGAUUAAAGACAGAACAUCGCUAGACAUUUAUGGGGCAAGUGUCUUAGAGCUGAAGAAAUGGGUUAAACAGUCACAAAAUGAAAUGAACAGAGCCUUUGCCAAAUGGUAGGACAUUAUCAGUGCAAAGACGGGGCAAGUACAGAUUGCAGUAAAAAAAUGACAAUCACUUUUCAAUGCCAUGAAUAUUUUUGAUAGAUUGAGCUCUAAAAUGUAUUUUUAUUGAGUUUCUAGAUUGUAAUGAAUGUGUCUACAGAAUUUUAUGCAAAGCUUCAGAGUUCAGCUGUUUUAAAAAGAUUUUUUUAUAUAGCAGUGAUUAUUUUAUCUAUAUAUUUAAUAGAACUGUAAAACCAUUUUAAGAAUACCUGUAAAAUUCUGUGUAUGUGAUAUGAUUAUUUAUUGAUUAUGACUCAUGAGAAUGAACAUCGAGCUAUGCAUAGGUUGCAUCAUCCAUUUGAAAACUGGAAACUGCAAAGAGAGGAAGAGCUCUUAAUGAACAGCAGACUUGAAAAACAUGGGAAAUUGUUUGAGUACAAUUGUGUGAUUCUUCAAGCCGCAUAGCAAUAUAUUAUUUUGUGAUGUUAACUUUCAGCUAAAGUUGCAAAAUAUACUGAAUGAUUAAGCUACUUUCUUCCAUUAAAACACUUCCUGAGGCUGAAAUUUCAA